GAUAUGAAAGUUUUGUCGAUAUGUUCAAUUAUAACAUCGUUGUUAUGAACAUUGUCAUCAUAGGGUGGUUCGGUAUUUAUUAGUUCUUCAAAAAUUGUGGCAAAUUUAAUUGAGUAUUAUUCAGAAUGCGUUAUACGAGUAAAACAGGCUUAGCUCCUAGUGCGACAAGAAAACUUAUGAGAAAAAAUCAGGAUAAAAACUUUGAUUUCUCACCAGAAUCUAGACCUGCUCCCUUUUUGUUGAAACCUUUGGCUGGUAUUUACAACCCAUACAGGUAUGGAUGUUCCCUUCUGUGCAAUCAUCCAACUGAUGAAGAAGCUAGAGAAUUACUAAGAAGAGCUAAAGACACUUGGGUGAAUGAAAGCAGAAGGACUAUUCUGCAAGAAGAAGAAAUUGCAGCCAUAAGAGACAGUCUCGAACAGUUAAAAGUAUAUACCAAACAGAAUGAGUGUAGCCAUACACCAGUAAUAGAAGCUGUUCCAGAGGAACUUUUCAGACGUUAUACAGAAACAGAUUCAAGACCCCUUACUCCUGCUCCAACUCUGUCAAGCUCUGCUACAAGAGCCUCUGGGUCCAGAAGAUGCUUUACUCCAGAUCCUAUACCAAUUUCUACAGUAAAGGAGAAGACAAUGCUUGUUCUCGACCUUAGAAGAAGUCACAGUCAGGAACUGAUUUGUGGUGGUACUUCCUUUCUUGACCCACCAUUGAUUCUGAUUCAGCAGGUUCCCACCAGAAGAGGUAGCCUGGAGAGCUUCAUAGGUGUUCAGAAAAGAACUUCUUAUGCUUUGCAUAUGCCAGCAACUGCAAGGUUGAUGAAGAAGGAUAUUUCCAAGAAAGAACCAUCUUCAGAGAAUCCUGAUGAUGGAGCAAAAACAGAAGACGAAAACGAAGAUGAUGAAGUUUACAUUAAAAGGAGGGGUAAGAAGAGACGCAAGAAGAGAAACGGAUCUACAGCUCUACCAGUGCAAACAUCUACAGAUCCUGAAACCCAGGUUGGAGCAGUUGGUCCAGAUUCUAAUAAUCCUAGUGCAAGGCAUUCAUUGGUACCAGGAUCUAACGAAGAGACUGCCCUUCAGAAAGCAGAAUCCCAAUCCUGUAAUGCUGCAAGAAAAUCUAGUAACUUUCCCAACAUUGACUCAUUUCUAGACGUUGAUAUUUUGAAAUUGUUACGAAGGGAAUUGACUGCAGAAAUAUACGACAACGAAUUCAACUGGGAUAGGAGAAUGGCCCUUGGGGAAGCUCUCAAGACUUUAACGAAUGGAAAGGAGUGUUGUGAAGAAUUGAUGGCUUUGCAAUCUGAGCUUAAUUUACCACCCCUCAACACAGACCUUUGGAUUAGCAUACCAAGAGUUUUCUCAAGAGCAAAUGCCAGAUUUGAAUUACCACCAUUCAGUGACAUGCUCAAAGAUAUGAUCCCAAUGGAAUAUAUCAAAGAUAACAUAGAUGUGACAAACAAGAGAAAAAUAAUGUAUAACUCCAUCUUCAAUAAAUUCAAAAUAACAAUAUCCGAAACUGAGAGGAAAAUAUUGGGAAAGGAUAUUUUAGGUGCCCUGCACAUUUUGAUGGGCCAAAAUUUGCCAAAAAAACCGCUAGAAGGAUUUAAAGAACUGGUGGAUUGGAAGGAUGAUGUUCAGUAUGACUUCAAGACGUUUUCUUGCAUUUGUGCAACUUGCGAGAGGCUAUUAGCAUCAGAUUAUAGCAAAAACGUGCCAGAUAGAAAAGCCGAUCCUUGUCACGAGUUAGAAAUUGCCGACUUUGAAUCCCUCAACAGAAAACUGCAAGGUCAAAAUGCAGAUGAAAAGCUGGUCAAAAUUCUGUAUAGAAUAAAGAACUUGUGACUUGAAAAUUUCACUGAACGAGACUGAAUAUACUAUUUUGUCUUCGAAAUAUCAUAACCAGGUGAAAAAUUCACGAAUUAUUACAGAAAAUUAAUUAAGAAAAACUCAUCUCCUAAUUAUAUACAAUCCUCAAGGAAUUC